UAUGUUGUGGGUGCAGGGGGUGCAUGUGGGUAUGGAAACUUGUAUGGACAAGGGUAUGGGACCAGCACUGCGGCUCUAAGCACAGCCCUCUUCAGCAAUGGGUUGAGUUGCGGAGCAUGUUAUGAGCUGAAGUGCAACGACGAUCCCCAAUGGUGCAUUGACAACACCAUUACUGUCACUGCCACCAACUUCUGCCCACCAAAUUACGCCCUCUCUAAUGACAACGGUGGGUGGUGCAAUCCCCCUCGCCAACACUUUGAUUUGGCAGAGCCUGCCUUCUUGCAGAUUGCUCAAUAUCGAGCUGGAAUUGUUCCCGUAUCUUUCAGAAGGGUACCAUGUGCCAAGAAAGGAGGAAUGAGGUUCACUAUCAAUGGCCAUUCUUACUUCAACUUGGUGUUGAUAACAAACGUAGGUGGUGCAGGAGAUGUCCAUGCAGUGUCCAUCAAGGGCUCUAGGACUGGGUGGCAAGUCAUGUCAAGGAAUUGGGGUCAAAACUGGCAGAGCAACUCUUACCUCAAUGGUCAAAGCCUCUCUUUCCGUGUUACAGGCAGCGAUGGAAGGUCAAUCACCAGUUAUGAUGCUGUGCCAGCUGAUUGGCAAUUUGGACAAUCCUUUGAGGGGCCUCAAUUCUAGGAAAGUCAUAUAGAUUCACUAGUGUUUGCAGUUGUGCAAGAGAAGAGAGAAAGAAAAGAUCUAGGUUAAUAGCUACUUAAUGCAAAGAUAGCAUAUGGAGCACCUACUCCCAAGGCUUUUGUACGAGAAAGGAUAUAAAGAAGAAAAAGAAAAAAUAGUCCAAUGCACAAGGCUCUUAUUAUUGCAAGGUCUGAAAGGAUCAGAUGUUGCAGUCUUAUAUAUAACGUAUAUUUGUAGUUAUAGUAACAUUGCCAUUAGAAAAUUUGAGAGACAUAAGCCCCAACUUGGUAGAAAACCUAGAAUUGGGUCAAAUAAGACAUUUUGGUAUACGAUUGAGGUAUGUCACCUUGGUUGGUUGAAUUAUAGUAUAUGGUU